UCUCCCUGCCGCGCAGGACCUGCCCAGCUCCCGGCCACCGAGGCCAUGAGGCCGGCCCGCGCCCUGCUGCCCCUGCUGCUGCAGGCCUACUGGGCCACCGCUCAGAAUGGCCCGGCCACCCCGGCUGUCGCCUUCCAAGACUGCCCAGUGGACCUGUUCUUCGUGCUGGACACCUCCGAGAGCGUGGCCCUGAGGCUGAAGCCCUACGGGGCCCUGGUGGACAAGAUCAAGGACUUCACCAAGAGCUUCAUUGACAACCUGAGAGACAGGUACUACCGCUGCGACCGCAACCUGGUGUGGAACGCGGGCGCGCUGCACUACAGCGACGAGGUGGAGAUCAUCCAGGACCUGCGGCCCAUGCCCCGCGAGCGCGACGCGCUCAAGGAGCGCGUGGGCAAAAUCGAGUACUUCGGGAAGGGCACCUACACCGACUGCGCCAUCAAGACCGGGCUGGAGCAGCUGCUGGUGGGGGGCUCCCACCUGAGGGAGAACAAGUACCUGAUCGUGGUGACGGACGGACACCCCCUGGAGGGCUACAAGGAGCCGUGCGGGGGCCUGGAGGACGCCGUGAACGAGGCCAAGCACCUGGGCGUCAAGGUCUUCUCCGUGGCCGUCAAGCCCGACCACCUGGAGCCACGUCUGAGCAUCAUCGCCACGGACCACACGUACCGGCGCAACUUCACCGCGGCCGACUUGGGCCAGAACUCCGACGUGGAUCUGGCCAUCGCCCAGACCAUCGAGACCAUCACCGACAUGAUCAAAAAUAACGUGGAGCAAGUGUGCUGCUCCUUCGAGUGCCAGCCUGCCAGAGGACCGCCAGGACUGCAGGGUGACCCCGGGUAUGAGGGAGAGCGAGGAAAGCCGGGGCUCCCGGGAGAGAAAGGAGAAGCGGGAGAGCCGGGACGGCCCGGGGACCUCGGCCCCGUCGGCUACCAGGGCAUGAAGGGAGAGAAGGGGAGCCGGGGGGAGAAGGGCUCCAGGGGGUCCAAGGGCUACAAGGGCGAGAAGGGCAGGCGCGGCGUGGACGGCCUGGACGGCGUGAAGGGCGAGACUGGCUACCCGGGCCUGCCGGGCUGCAAGGGCGCACCGGGCUUCGAGGGCCUCCAAGGACCCCCCGGGCCCAAGGGCGAUGCGGGUGCAUUUGGGCUGAAAGGAGAAAAGGGCGAGCCUGGAGCCGACGGGGAGCCCGGGCGGCCGGGGAGCACGGGGCCUCCGGGAGACGAGGGCGAGCCAGGAGAGCCGGGCCCCCCCGGAGAGAAGGGAGAAGCCGGAGAUGAGGGAAACCCAGGACCGGACGGGGCCCCUGGAGAGAGGGGCGGCCCCGGGGAAAGAGGACCCCGGGGGACCCCCGGCCUGCGGGGCCCCAGAGGAGACCCGGGCGACGCUGGACCCCAAGGUGACCAGGGACGAGAAGGCCCUGUUGGCGUCCCCGGGGACCCGGGCGAGGCCGGGCCCCUGGGGCCUAAGGGGUACCGAGGUGACGAGGGGCCGCCGGGGUCCGAGGGUCCCAAAGGAGCCCCAGGACCUGUCGGACCCCCAGGAGACCCCGGGCUGAUGGGUGAAAGGGGUGAAGACGGCCCCCCCGGGAACGGCACCGAAGGGUUCCCCGGCUUUCCGGGCUACCCCGGCAGCAGGGGCCCCCCCGGGAUAAACGGCACGAAGGGCUACCCCGGCCUCAAGGGGGACGAGGGAGAAGUCGGGGAUCCUGGAGACGACGACGACACCCCCGCAAAGCAAGGUCCCAAAGGGGCCAAGGGGUACCGGGGCCCUGAAGGCCCCCAGGGCCCCCCAGGACCCAUGGGACCACCUGGGCCGGACGAAUGCGAGAUCCUGGACAUCAUCAUGAAAAUGUGCUCGUGCUGCGAGUGCAAGUGCGGCCCCAUCGACAUCCUCUUCGUGCUGGACAGCUCGGAGAGCAUCGGGCGGCAGAACUUCGAGAUCGCCAAGGACUUCGUCAUCAAGGUCAUGGACCGCCUGAGCCGGGACGAGCUGGUCAAGUUUGAGCAGGGGCAGUCGAGCGCAGCCGUGGUGCAGUACAGCCACAACCAGACGCAGGAGCACGUGGAGCUCCGGAGCCCCGGCAUCAGGAACGCCCAGGACCUCAAAGAAGCCAUCAAGAAGCUGCAGUGGAUGGCGGGGGGCACCUUCACGGGUGAGGCCUUGCAGUACACCCUGGAUCGGCUGGUCAUAUCCAGAAACCAGAACCCCCGCGUCGCCCUGGUCAUCACCGACGGCCGCUCGGACACCCAGAGGGACCCCACGCCCCUUAACGUGCUCUGUGGCCACGACAUCCAGGUGGUGUCCGUGGGCAUCAAGGACCUGUUCGGCUCCAGCGCCAGCUCCGACCAGCUCAACAUCAUCUCCUGCCAAGGCCUGGCCACCCCGGGCCGACAGGGCAUCUCGCUGGUGAAGGACAACUUCGCGGACCUGCUGGACGACAACUUCCUGAAGAACGUGACCGCCCAGAUCUGCAUAGACAAGAAGUGCCCGGAUUACACCUGCCCGAUCACCUUCUCCGCCGCCACCGACAUCACCAUCCUGCUGGACGGCUCGGCCAGCGUGGGCAGCCACAACUUCGACACCACCAAGCACUUCGCCAAGCGCCUGGCCCAGCGCUUCCUGACGGCCGCGCGCACCGACCCGGCCCACGAGGUGCGCGUCGCCGUGGCCCAGUACAGCGGCCCCGGCCAGCAGCGGCCCGGCCGCGGCGCCCUGCAGCUCCUGCAGAACUACACGCUGCUGGCCAGCACCGUGGACGGCCUGGACUUCUUCAACGACGCCACGGAUGUGAGCGACGCCCUGGGCUUCGUGACCCGCUUCUACCGCGAGGCCUCCCCGGGGGCUCCCGUCAAGCGGCUGCUGCUCUUCUCCGACGGCCACUCGCAGGGGGCCACGGCGGCGGCCCUGGAGAAGGCCGUGCGGGAGGCCCAGCGGGCCGGCCUGGAGAUCUUCGUGGUGGUGGUGGGCGGCCAGGCUAACGAGCCCCACCUGCGCAUCCUGGUCACGGGCAAGGAGGCCGAGUACAACGUGACGUACGCGGAGCAACACCUGUUCCGCGUGCCCAGCUACGCGGCGCUGCUGCGGGGCGUCCUCUACCAGACCGUGUCCCGGAAGGUGGCCAUGGGCACGCGACCCGCCCACCCGGCCGCCUGAGCCGCCCCCCUGGCUGCCGUCCUCUCGGGAAAGGCCAGGAAUGGGGAGCAGGACGCGGCUGUGCGCCCCUCCCGCCCCCCCAGGCCCUGGGGGGGCUGGGGCUGCCUGCCUCCCCCCAAGGCCCCCGGUGGAUUUUCCUCAGGAGCCCUGGGGAGUCUCUGUUCAGGGAUUCAUGGGCUUGAGGCCCCACACAGCCCGCCAGGAGCCGGCCGGUUCCGCUUAGGCGAGCCAAGGCCCGAGGGAGUGUGGGGAACCCCCACCCCGGUUCCUGCCAUGGCCCCAGAGCUCAGGACCCCCAAGACCAGAGCCCCGAGGGGCUCCUGCCAGCCUUGCCCCUCAGAAAGGUGCUACCAGCGGAGCCUGCGGCCACUUGCCCAAGCACCGCAGCGUCCCUGAGGCGCGGCCACCCGCCCUGGCCUCCCUCAUGAGGCCCCUCCCGAGGCCGUUUCACUCCUGCCCGCGUCUCCCUGACCCGGCCCUGUGGGCGACUUCUCCGAAUAAAGGUCCUCUCGUCCCCGUGUCGUCCCAAGGCGUCAAC